ACAAAAAAACACUUCGUUCUCUGGUUAAUGGUGUCCGUCCGCUUACAAAUAUUGAAAUUCAUGGCAACAGGGGCAAGCUAUGAAAAUCUUGCAGGCCACAGUGCCACACCAAUUUCAAGCUUUUCUUUUUGGAAAAAACACACUGAUCUGUUUCCUUCCAAAUUAUAAAAUCACAAUCUCUCUCUCUCUCUGUUGCACCGCCAUGCGCCGUUCUCUUAUGUUCCCCAUGCGCAUCCUUCAACUCUAUUCUUCUCUGUAUCUUCCAAUUUCAUCCCCUUCUUCUUCUCUGCGGAAACCCAUUUCUCGCUUCUCUUUUUAAUGGAUACCUCUGCUCUUCACUCUGUAUUUCUAUUUGUUCUUUUAUUUUGAAUUGGGUGGUAGAAUUUGCAAACCAAAGUCUUUUCAGGUCUUCGGCAACUCGGAGCCGAAAUGGUGGCUGAAGCCUGGAUACUGAAGAUGGGUAAUCAGGUAAGUGCCAAUAUCAAGCACGCACUCCUCGAACCUUAUAAGAAGAAGAACCCAAAAAGACCCGAUACCAAACCAAGAGAAACUAUCGGCAUCCUUUCUUUUGAAGUUGCUAAUGUCAUGUCCAAAACUGUAAACCUCCAUAAAUCCCUCACCGAUUCCGAGGUCUCCAAGCUUAAAGCCGAGAUCUUGAAAUCUGAGGGGGUUAACAACUUAGUUUCCACUGAUGAAACUUACCUUCUCCAGCUUGCUUUGUCUGAGAAGCUCGAUGACCUCAGCCGGGUCGCUACUGUUGUUUCUAGGCUUGGCAAGAAGUGUUCUGAGCCUGCUUUGCAGGGUUUUGAGCAUGUUUAUGGAGAUAUAGCGAGUGGGAUCAUUGAUGUGAAGCAUUUGGGAUUUUUAGUUAAGGAUAUGGAGGGAAUGGUUAAGAAAAUGGAGAGGUAUGUUAAUUCAACCUCUAAUUUGUUCGCGGAAAUGGAGGUGUUAAAUGAACUGGAGCAGGCUACCAAGAAGUUCCAGCAGAACCAGCACGAGGAGAGUCGCAGAGCUUUUGAGCAAAAGCUUAUUUGGCAGAAGCAGGAUGUUAAGCAUCUUAAGGAGAUUUCGCUUUGGAACCAGACUUAUGAUAAGGUUGUGGAGUUGUUAGCGAGGACAGUUUGUACUAUUUAUGCAAGGAUUUGUGAGGUGUUAGGGGAAUCUGCGUUGAGGAAGGAGAGCUUUUGGACUAAUGGAGAGAUUGGUUCUUCCACUUCUGUGAAGGGUGAUUUUGGGGAGUUUUCUGGUCAGAUAAUGAUUUCAGGACAUCUGAGACGGGCUAUAAGCAGGAAAAGUAGCAAUGGUUUUCAAUCGGGAUCCACUGAGAAACCAGUGAUGCUGAAAAGAGAGACGAGUGUUAAGUCCAGAACUGAUUCACGGAGAUGUGAAGAAUUAUUAUUUCGAACUGAAGAAACCAUUUUUCCAUGUGGGACUAGUCCUCGAAGGCUAUUCGUGAAUUGCCUGAAUUUGAGUAGUUCAGCUUCUAAAUUGGAUAAUGAUGAGGGUGAUGUUAUUGAUAAUGAAGACCGGCGUAGCCAAAUUUCUGGUUGCUGUAGCUUUGGUAAUGGUAGCAUGAAGAGCGAGAACCCACUCAUUUCAGCUUGUUCUGAUCAAAUCCUAAGUGGCUUCUCUUUCAGUGGAGAUCAUAGACAAGCUAGGUUAACAUUGCAUGCUUCAACUUCUACUGUGGGAGGAUCUGCACUUGCAUUGCGUUAUGCAAAUGUGAUCAUAGUUAUAGAGAAGCUGCUUCGCUAUCCCCAUUUAGUUGGUGACGAAGCCAGGGACGAUUUGUAUCAGAUGUUACCAACAAGCUUAAGAAUGUGUCUGAGGACUAAUCUCAAGUCUUAUGUGAAGGGCCUGGCUAUAUAUGAUGCUCUGCUUGCACAUGAUUGGAAAGAAACUCUUGAUGGGAUUUUAAGGUGGCUUGCUCCAUUGGCACAUAACAUGAUCAGAUGGCAAAGUGAACGUAAUUUUGAGCAGCAUCAAAUUCUCAAACGGACAAACGUUCUGCUGCUUCAAACAUUGUAUUUUGCUGACAGGGGAAAGACAGAAGCUGCAAUCUGUGAGCUUCUUGGUGGAUUGAAUUACAUAUGUCGUUAUGAACAUCAGCAAAAUGCUCUUUUUGACUGUGCAAGUAGCUUUGAUUUUGAAGACUGUAUGCAAUGGCAAAUGCAGUGCCGAUCUGCUUUUGUUGAUUAAUUUCGAUGCUGAGUUUAGAUAAAUGGAGAAGUUUGUAAAGUGUAGUUGGGAGACUCCUGAUACUUGUAUGAAGACACUUACAACAGUUCAACAGGAUGAAUAUCUUAGCUUUGCGAAUUGCAAACUGAUGCCUUGUAUUGUUGAGGACCUGAGUUGAUCAAUGUACUUCUCUUCCAGGAGUUGGAAAGUUUUGACGUUUGAAGUACAUGAAUUCAAUUAUUUAUGGAGAAUCAAUAAGUAUUUUUUCUGUAAAGUGUGCAUAUUUCUCUGUACAAUUUUCACUUUUUGAUA